AUGGAGCUGGAUUACCAUAUUGAAAUCAAGCGUUUAGCGGAUUCAAAUGAUAAUAUUGAUUUCACAAUUUCAAAUUUACUACUCACUCAUAACUAUUUCCUUGGGAAAGCUCAUAAGCUAGUGCUUCUGUCGAAUGACAUAACAGGUACCAAAAUGUACUUUAAAAUGAUUAAGUUGUCUAUUAAAGCAUUACUCAUAAUUAUUAAGCAGUAUAACCAAUGCUUAAAUCCAUACCUAGAACUGAUUGUAUACUACAAGUUGGCAAAAUUGUAUCUACAUGAAACUGAAAACAUAAAUCGGGCAGAUGAUUACAUCAAUAAAGCUAUAUCUGUAAGCUCAAGAAACUCAUUAAUAGGUAUCAAAUUCAUAAGUGAGUUCUUAGCUGGUCAAAUCUUGGUGAAGUCAAAUUCAAGACUUUUAAUAAAUUACUUGAAUGAUCGUAUUCAAAGCUAUAAACAACAAAAUCUUUUGGAAUUUUCACAUUUAUUCACUUUGAUGAAAGUCAAUAACUUAUUGGUUUCUGAUUGUACUACUGGUUUGAUUGUUCUACAAACAUUGGGAAGAGAUCCAGCCUUGUCUAAUCUUACAAAUAUUAUAUGUUUAUUAUUUGAAACAAAUCUUCAUCUAUAUCGAGGCUCUCCUCAUUUUGCUAAAAGUUGUUUAGAUCAGAUAGAAUUUAAAAAUUCUAGUUACGCUCCACAACUUGUUGCCAUGCAUAAAUUACUUUCUUUUCAAUAUUUUAUCCAAGUCAAUAGCAUCCAAGAAAGUAAAAGACUUCUGAAAGAAUUGUCUGACUUCAUCAAUGAUCAACGACAAAGCUCUUGGAAUAACUGGAAUGAAAACGGCUACUUCAAAAUUGAAAAUAGCUCAAAUGGUGUAAAUGUCCCUUACCAGAUUUUAUGGCUAAACUCUGAUGAAUUUGUUAUAAUGGUGUAUUUUUUAACCGGUUUACAUUUCCUAAACGAUAUGUCGCUUAAUUACAAAAAAGCUACUAGAAUUUUCAAGGCAUGUUUAGAUAUUAUUACCAAUCAAUUGAAAGAGUUGACUAAUAUCAAAAAAAGCAAAAGAAACUUUCCUAUUUAUCAAUUAACAAACAAGAUUAUCAGAUUAAAUUAUACUCGCUUUUUAAUUAAUUACUAUCAAGUUUGGCUUAAACUUACGAAUAAUGAAUUGGAUAAUGUUACUGAAUUAGAUGAAUUUAUCACCAACUAUAACAAUGACGGUUUCACAAAUGAGGAACUUUGUUAUUAUAAGCUCUUGGUUCCUAAGAUACUCCAUUUACAUGCUAUUCAUUGUCAGUAUGUAGGUGAUAUCAAAGCUGCAAAAUAUUAUUUUUUCAAAGUCAAACUAUUGACUUCUUCUGCACUGAAUGUUCCAAUUACGCCGCAAAAUUCUUUAAUAACCUCAUUACAACUAUCACUUGGAAUUGGUGGUGGAACUGUUGAGCCUAAGAAUGAAUUUAAUGAGUUGUACAUUUUUUCCAAUUUGCAUUUAUUGAUGAUUUCAAGUUUUGAAUUAAAUAAGUUAUCGUUGGAAUCGCAAAAUAAUAAUGAUUCUAUUAGUAAAUGUCAUACUUUCAUUACCAAGUUGUACUUUGAUUUAACCAAAGCUUUCAAUAAUGAAGGAAAGCUAACUUCCAAUAGUUUUACUAUGAAUUUCACAAACUCAAACCAUGCAUUGCUACUUACGUACCAAACGAUUCUUGCAAUACUCAUGAAUAAUGGCUUUUCGAAUAUGAGUGAAAAAAUCAUAAAUGAUUCAUUAAAUAAUUCGUUGAUUACAUUAUUAAAAUCGACUCAGAUUCCCCAAGGUAUGACAUUUAUUAAAUCAUUAUCUCUAUUUGUAAUAUAUUUGUCUUCGUUGAAUGUUAAUGAAAGAGAGAAAUACUUCAAUCAAUUCAACGCCCAUGUAUUUCAAAGUAAUGAUAAUGAUCAAAUUGUGAAAUUAAUGAUAUUAAGAGAGCUUCGAGCUAAAAACAUGCGUUCGGAUAACUUGGAUCAAGUGAAAAUGAAUGAUUUAGAAAUUCAAGUUUUGAAUGAAAAAGUAAGACAAAAGUUCUUAUUGGCAAAUAUUUUAUAG